CGCGAAGCCCAACCCCCAGAAGAGCAGCGACGUCCCUCACCCCGAUCUCUCUGCCGCAUUUUCCACCGUCGCUCUUCCAUGACGGCCCCUUCUCUAUUUAAUCUGCUUGCGCUCUGAGCGUCUCCACUCCUUCGUCUAAUCCGCGCGCAAACCUCGCGGCGAUUGCUCGAGCUCGGCUUGGCGUUUUUUCUGCCAGCUAUACGGCACCACACGCAUUCUUGCCCUCACCUCAUCUCCACGCCCGCGCGCAACCACGACCCCGCCACCCACACACGCCGCGCCCGCAAAUUGUACGGCUUGAACACGUAAACGCGCGCCUCGUCCCGGCAGCCCACCAUGUCGUUUGGGUCGGGUGGAUUUGGGGGCUUCGGCUCCAACAGCAACACCCAGUCGACGUUCGGCGGAUUCGGGUCUAACAAUAACACCAGUGGAGGCUUCGGCUCCAACACGAACACCGGCGGGAGCAUCUUCGGCGGUUCGAACAACAACACAGGAGGCGGCUUGUUCGGCAGCAGCAACAACGCCAGCACAAGUUCUCCAUUCGGAGGCGGAGGCGGAUUCGGUUCCAACAACAACACCACCAGCUUUGGCUCGAAGCCAUUCGGUAGCUCUACAACUGGUGGAGGAUUGUUUGGCGGUGGCUCCACGUCAAACACCACGUUCGGGGGAGGCUUCGGCUCAACGAGCAGCACCACCCCAGCUUUCGGCGGAGGAAAUACCGGCGGAGGUAUUUUCGGUCAGAACAAGUCCACAGGUUUCGGCUCCAACAAUACUACCACUGGCACAACAGGUGGUCUAUUCGGCGGAGGUAACACUUCCGGAGGAUUUGGUGCGAACAAUACCACUGGCGGUUUUGGCGCGUCAACAUCUGGGGGCUUUGGUGCAACCAGCAACGCGAACAAUGGCACCGCGGGCCCGCCUUUCCAGCCCUUCACCGAGAAGGACCCUGGAGCAGCAAACAGUUCGGCUCAAUACCAGACGAUUACCUUUCAACAACCGUACUCGAACUACUCGCUAGAAGAGCUUCGUGUAGUGGACUACGCUCAAGGACGUCGCUAUGGCAAUCAAAACGGUCAGGCAGGCGCAUUCGGACAGAGCACUGGAUUUGGAGGCUUUGGAUCGAACAACACCACCAACACCUCGUUCGGAGCAACCAAUACUAACACAGGCGGUGGACUUUUUGGCAGCCAGAACACUACCACCGGCACACCAUUCGGUUCAAAUACGAACUCUGCGUUUGGUAGCAAUAACACCACCACCAGCGGUGGAGGUCUCUUUGGUCAGAACAAGCCUGCUGGCGGUCUCUUUGGUUCGAGCACAGCCACACAGCCUGCCACAUCCGGUGGGCUAUUCGGCAGCACCACGAACACGAACACGGCAAGCAAUCCUUUCGGCUCUGCGAACACGAGCAACGCUUUUGGUGCUUCAACUGGAACCACCGGUGGUGGCCUCUUUGGUCAGAAUAGCGCUGCCCAGAACAAGCCUGCUUUCGGAGGCGGCUUUGGCACCAACACGUCGACCACCAACAGCAACCCCUUUGGGGGCAGUACCACAAACACUGGCGGCGGGUUGUUCGGCCAGCAGAAUCAGGCAUCUACUACACCUGCAUUCGGUGCUGGCGCGCAAACGUCCACGAAUACUGGCGGUGGCCUGUUCGGCGGUAGCAACACCACCGCCACGAAUACUGGCGGUCUCUUUGGCCAAAACCAGCAGACCCAAAACCAGUCAACUGGUGGUCUUUUUGGGGGAGCCCUGGGACAGAAUCAGCAAAAUCAGCAGAAACCCAGUCUCUUUGGUAGCUCCACAACGACUACUGGUGGUGGCGGUUUGUUCGGAGGGCAACAGCAGAACCAGGCGCAGAGUGGUGGAGCGUUUGGUCAGAAUAAGACUGGGGGUGGACUCUUUGGGGGUGCUCCCAGCCAGCCAUCGGGAGGACUUUUCGGAAACUCCACUACCAGCACAUCCAACACUGGGGGUCUUUUUGGUGGUAUGGGAAGCCAAAGUAUCCAACAGAAUACCGGCAACUCCCUAUUUGGCGGUGCAAACAACCAGCAGAAAACCGGAGGUCUCUUCGGCGGAUCUACAAACGCCAAUACGAACAGCGGUGGCGGCUUGUUCUCUGGCCUCGGUCAAAGCAACAACAAUUCAGCUCCCCUCGGAGGCUCACUGCUCGGUGGCAAUCAGUCUCAGCAGCAGUCCAACCAACAGCCUAUGAACAAUAGCUUGUUUGGUGCGUCUGCCAAUUCCCUGCUCAACACUUCGAUGACGACCAACCCUUACGGAAAUGAUCCCCUCUUCGCCGGUCUGUCCACGCCUCUGCAUAGCCCCGGCCCGCUUGCUACGCCUCUGUCGAGCAGCCAGAAGAACAAGCGGAGCGCAAUCCUUCCGCAACACAAGUUGAAUCCUUCUCAAUCCACUCGCCUCCUCACGCCCCAAGGAAAGCGCAACGGAGGAUAUGGAUUCACGUACUCGACCUAUGGAACUCCAAGCAGCACGCAGUCCAGCCCGCUUGGUGGCAGCAUGUUCAGCACCGGCAGUCUUUCUCGUCACUUGGGCAAAAGCUUGUCGUCGAGCAAUCUGCGUAACACUUAUACAGCUGACACUAGCGUCCUCGCUCCGGGUGCCUUCUCUAUGACUGGACGCCCCUAUGGCACUGGUAGCCUGAAGAAGUUGAAUCUCAACCGGAACAUCAAUCAGCGACCUUUGUUAUUCGAAGAGUCCACCCCUAAGCGCGUGAGCUUCGUCGCGGCUAGCCCUGAGAUUGUACCAAACGGCUCUGCUACUAACGGGGAACCCAGCUCACCAGGCAAUGCUUUGGUUGUACGCGAUGAGGUUGAGUCAACGUCUCCACCUGCAACUGUCAAUGGCACGAGCAGCAGCGGUCGCAAAGGCAAGAGUCCCGAGAUGGAGCAAGUUAACGGUGUCGACCUGACCCCUGUUCCUGAGAACCGAACCUUGCAGCCUCGCACUUCCGCAUCGCUUAACAUACAAAAUGGUCAAACGAUUGAUCCUACCCCCGGUGGUUACUGGUCUGAACCCAGCAUAGACGCUUUAAAGAAGAUGAGCCCGUCCGACCUCAAGAGCGUCUCCAACUUUGUGGUUGGUCGCGACAAGGUCGGCAAGAUUGAGUUUCACUAUGGCAAACCUGUCGAUUUAUCGAGCACCCCGCUCGACAAGUUGUUCGGUGAUAUCAUCUCGCUCAACCAUCGCAACGCUACUGUCUACGGCGAUACUUGCACCGUUGCCAAACCGCCUCUUGGGUCAGGAUUGAACCAACCUUCACGCAUCACGAUGGGUAAUUCAUGGCCUCGUGGUACCAAUCGGGGGUCAGGCAAGCAACCCACAAAGCAUAUCGAACGUUUGAAGCGAGUCACUGGUACUACUUUCGAGAAUUACGACAACGAAACUGGUGAGUGGGUCUUUGGUGUUCCUCACUUCUCUUCUUACGGCUUCGAAUACGACCAGCCGGAAGACCUGGAGUCCAGCGAGCUUAGCCCGGUGCCGGAAACACCUGCUCGUUUCGGAAGCAGUCAGAUGACUAGUACACCGCAAGACUCUGUUCCUAGCGCAACUCAGUCCAGCCCUGAUGACACUUUCGACUUCAAACGAGGUCUGCUUAAGCGCACCAACGUCCCGGGACAAUUCGAUGACGACGCGGCAUACGAAGUUGAGGAUGAUGAGGAAAUGGAAGAGACUGGCGAGUCUUUUUUAGGGGAUCGCUCCGUGGGUUCGCUUGAUGGUCAGAACGAGUAUCUGGAAGGAAGCGAAUCUGAGUCGGUCGAAGAUCAGGACAUGGCUGAUUCUGUAUCUGGGCCGAUUCGUACCACGGAGCAAGACAUUGCCAGACAAGCCGAUCCCUUCAAGGAUUCUGUCAAACCGAAGUCGAUCUUAAAAGCAAGCCAUCUAUUCCGGCCUAGCUCAGAUACCCCUUCGAAAGGACCAGCAGUUUUUGACGAUGAUUGGGCCAAUGCCCUGCAGCGCACCAUCAGCCCUCGGAAGCAGGAUCGACGGGCUCUUCGGGAGAGCCAAGGUAACGCACUACGCGAGCGUGGCAACAACACAGCCAGUCUCGCACAAUCGCUUGGCGUGCGGAACACGAAAGCUACAAUGAGCCGCAUGGAGCUCAUGGAUUCUCUUUUUGGGAAGACUAGCGCACAACAGGUUUCCUCUUCGAAGCGAGUUGAACGCGGCAUUCAGUAUCCUUAUGCGAAGCGACCAAAGACAGCGAAUGACCUCGACCAAUUGACCGAUGCGGACAAGGAAUUCCACAGCUGCGGCAAGCCUCAUUUCAGCGAAACCGGAAUCCUAGUAUACACAGGCAAAGGCUCAGAUACCACGAGCGAAGACAGCUACGAUUGCAUUCGGGCCCCGAUCGCUGGAGCUCAGAAAGACGUUCGCUUCAAGCAACUGCCUACGUUUGCUGAUGCCGCCCCGCCCACAAUAGCUGUCCAACAAGAAUACACUAGGAUCUCCUAUUCGGACGAGGUACCUCAAGCGAAGUUACGGACCGAGCCUACGCCGUUAGAGUUUUCUGAAUUGGCCGAUGCUGUUCCACUUAGCACUACGGCCGGGGUUCAAGAACACAAGGCGUGGCAGCUGCUCUCAUUGCUUUUUGAUGGGGGCAGCCAAGUCCCAUCAAGCGUACCCCAAGAUGAACAGGAGCAAUGGCUAGCUCAGGAUCGCAAGGAGCGCUUGUCCCGCUUUUGGCAGUCUCUUGUCUUUGAAGAUGCGCAGAACCAUGCCAAAGAGGCCGCAACGCACGAGGAGAAGGCGUUGGCCUACCUCAGCUGCCAUUCCAUCGCGGAUGCUGUCACUACGCUGUUCCACGCGUCAGAUCUGCGUCUCGCCACCAUCGUGUCUCAACUCGGCGGAGACGCUGCGGUGCGUCAAGACAUGAGCGCCCAAGUCGACGAGUGGAGAAAGAUGGAUGAGCUCGCUGAGAUGGACGAACCAGUACGAGCUCUGUAUGAGCUUAUUCAAGGCAAUUGCGCGGAAGCAGAAGGCAACACGGGCGUGGGAAGAGAGAACAAAGUAUCCACCUUCAAAAUCGCUAGCCGCUUCAACCUGGACUGGCGACGCGCCUUUGGGCUUCGCCUCUGGUAUCAAGCAACGAACGAUGAGCCCAUUGAAAUGGCUGUGGCUCAAUUCGCGGACGCCUUGAGCAAUGGCAUCGAAGAUGUCAAGCCAGUCCCCUGGUUCAUUGAGCAGGGCGUCAAUAUGGGUUGGACCGAUUCCCAGGAAACACAGCGAGAGGACAUCCUUUGGGGCAUACUCAAGCUUUACGCCUCGUCGAAAAUGCUUGUUCCCACAAAUCUCGAAGACGUUCUGGCGCCGGAGAACGUGUCAGGUCAUCCACUCAACGCGCGCUUCGCGUUCCAGCUUUUCCAAUUGUUCUACUCUCGUAGAACCGAUCCAUCCGAAGAGGACGAUCGCAUUGUUGGAAUGCCUACCUUCCGUGACCCUGACAGCCGAGGGCCGACUGAUCUGCUUUCCUCGGUGAAUUCUACAAACGUAAUCGAGCAAGCAGAAGAUCCACUUGUCGAGCUCGGCGACAAGCUCACGCUCACUUAUGCCGCAUCAUUGCAUACGCCCAAGCACUGGACCACCGCUGCGUGGGUGUACACACAUCUCUCCAAUCCUGCCAUGCGUUCACACCACAUCCGCUCGCUUCUCAACCAAUUCUCCAACACGUACGAGAUUGGACAAUCCGAUUCGACCUAUCAAGCUUUGUUGAAGUUGAGCAUCCCGCAACAAUGGAUGUAUGCAGCUUCCGCUUUGCAAGCCAAGUGCAUUGGCGAUUCACUCCAUCAAGCCGCGCACCUCAUCAAAGCCAAUGAGCUUCGAGAAGCGCACGAAGUGCUUUGCCGUAGUGUCGGUCCAGAUGCCAUCAUCUCACGCCAUCUCGACCCACUGCGGGAGCUCCUGGGCGGCUUUGAGGAUGUGCAGACAACGGAGACAAUCACGGGCUGGGUCCAGGGUGGUCAGAUCUACUUCGAUUACAUCCACCUACUCGACCUCACGGAGCAGCGCAACCCCUACCGCCCCGAUGACAAGCUAAAUCAUGAUAUCCAUAGCCUACUUAGGAAGCUACAGCGUAGCCUAGAGAAGGUGGCGGCCGAUCGAUGGGACGGCGUGAGUCUAGAGGAGCGUGUCGCGCUGAGCGAAAUCGCGGGCACGGUCGCCAAUUUGAUGGCCAAGAACAAGCUCACAGAUCGCGCCAGCGUGCUGCGGCUUCCGCUUACCGAGGACCUAUGGCUUCGCCAUUCAGUUGACCUUUCUACGAGCUACUACCGCAAUGUGGUCGCUUAGGACAGAGAUCAUUUUACGUUGUGGUGUACAGGCGAAUUUGUAGUGGAGGUUAAAAGAAGGAUAUAAAGCGUGCGCUCGCUAGCCCGUGCAUUUGAGGGCGAGAGGUGAUGACUUUUGUGAUUUGUUUUUGCAUCUGCAUUCAGCCUGGUUGUCCUGAUUGUAGGACAAGCGAGAAGACAGCAAUGCUGUGUUUCGCAUGCCAUGUGGAAAAGGGACUGGUUUUGCUUCGAGCGAUUGUAUUAUAGAAUAGUCCUCAUACGAUAACAAGUUUAAUUAUGGAUGCAACAUUCU